CCCCUCCUCGCCUUGUGACACAUUCUGGGCUCUCCCCCUCUCAGCAGCAGUAGCCGGUACAGCAGCAGCUUCAGCAGCAGCAGCUUCAGCAGCAGAGGCGGCAGCCGCUGGCCCUUCAGCCUCUCUUCCCAGCUGAGCUCCUGCUGCAGUCAUGGCUGCUGAUGGAGUGGAUGAACGCUCUCCUUUGCUGUCAGCAUCCCAUUCUGGAAAUGUCACUCCGACUGCCCCGCCGUAUUUGCAGGAAAACAGCCCCCGAGCGGAACUCCCACCUCCUUACACAGCCAUUGCCAGUCCAGAUGCCAGUGGUGUUCCUAUAAUAAACUGCCGUGUGUGCCAAUCUCUAAUCAAUUUGGAUGGCAAGCUUCACCAGCAUGUAGUGAAAUGUACAGUCUGCAAUGAAGCCACGCCAAUCAAAAACCCACCAACAGGGAAGAAAUAUGUUAGAUGUCCAUGUAAUUGUCUCCUCAUCUGUAAGGAUACAUCUCGGCGAAUAGGAUGUCCAAGACCAAACUGUAGACGCAUUAUUAAUCUGGGCCCAGUAAUGCUAAUUCCUGAAGAACAGCCUGCUCAGCCUGCAUUACCAAUCCAACCAGAAGGGACAAGAGUAGUAUGUGGGCACUGUGGAAACACAUUCCUGUUCUUUAAGGUUUACAAAGUGCUCUCUUCACAACAACUCUGUGAGUGGAUGGAACUGAGGUUCAACACUCUAGCAAAAUGCCCACACUGCAAAAAAAUUUCCUCAGUGGGUAGUGCACUCCCCCGAAGACGUUGCUGUGCAUAUAUUACCAUUGGAAUGAUAUGUAUUUUCAUUGGAGUUGGACUAACUGUUGGUACACAAGAUUUUGCCAGGCGAUUUCAUGCAACCUAUGUUUCUUGGGCAAUUGCUUAUCUUUUAGGCUUGAUCUGCCUAAUCCGAGCUUGUUACUGGGGAGCCAUAAAAGUCAGUUAUCCAGAACACAGUUUUGCAUAAGCUUGCUUCUAGUGAUAGAUUGAUGCAGGUGAGAAUCUUUAGCAGUUCUGGAUAAAAUACAUGGACAUUUUGUAAUCAUUUUCCUUGAUGGAUUCCAUUCUAAGUACAGUAGUUCCAAGUUGGGGGGAGGGUCUUUAAAAAAUAUCCAUUGCACUGCAUUAUAUGCAAAGAAUUUGUUUUGCUGCUAGAUUUCCAAGCUCUGAAUAAUAAAGCUAUGUUUACAUGUUUAUUUACCUAUCUUAUGAGGUACUUUAAAAUUCUUCACCCACAUUUUAGGUUUUACAUCUCAUUAUUUAAAAAAAUUUGUUGCAUUACUUUAUGAUCUGAGUAUUUAAGAGCAAGAAAUGUUAAUCAGUGUUUCUAAAAUAACCUCAUAAUCAUACUUAGGUUUUAAUUACAGCUGUAUCAAAGUGGCUUGCUUUAAGAUCUAAGCAAUAAGCAUUCUGCCUGAACUUACUGUAACUUUUACAGAAGAUCAUAGUGACCUUAUUCAAAACACAAUGUUUGAAUCUACUUUCGAAUACUGUGACACUGUUACUAUAAGGAAAACAUUUGUAAACACUGUAUGCUUGUUUUUCAGGUAGAAAGAAAUAAUAUUUUGGUAGCAUUGAAAUAGAAUGAUAAAAUAAUCAUUUGUCCACUACUGGAUAAAAUGUUGGAUAAAUGUCUCUUCUCAAGGAUCCCAGAAGUUAUUUUUUUUCUUUCUGAUUUUAUUUGUCUGUCCCAAAAAGCCCUGAACUAGAUUCAUGGGAAUUUAAUUUUAAUAAUUUGUAGGAGUCCCUAUACCCAGUCUGGGGAAAGUGUUUCAUAUAAUGUUUUGUAAUAUAUAGCUAUCUUGUAGAAAAAUGUAGGGUCACAUUGGUUUGCUUCUUGUCAUUUGAUUGUGGCAAAAUUUCCCUUUGGGGGCCAUUAUAUAUUGGUCAUAUGGAAAGGAAGUUAUUGACAUUUUAUGCUAGCUAAAAGGAUGAGUAUACAGUUAGCCUUACCGCUCCAUCCUAAUAUAGCUGGUCAAUUAAAUACCCACUUUAUAUAAGGUGGAAUAAGCAACAAGAAGCAACUUAGUUUUCUAAGAAUUCACAAGGGUUAAGGGACCAGCUCUCACACUGCCCAUCUUUGCAAUUUUGAAAACAAUUUUUUUGCAAAAUCUAGAGAGAAUGUCCUGAGCUCUUUAUAAUCUAGUAGUUCUUAAUUCAUGGAGGUCGGAAUAAAUUAGAUAUUCCAGGAAUAAGAAAAAUAUUUUAAAAUAUUUCUGUAUCUAAUUUGGUCAAGAAGACACUCAUAAGAUAAUUAGGAAUAUAGUAAGUGUAAACGUCAAAGGGUAAAUGAUGAUUAAUGUACAAAUGCAGUAGCUCAGGAUUAUAAUGUACCUUUUAAAAGUACACCAAUAAAGACAAUUAUUCAAAAGUUUCCCUGUUUUCCCUCCAUGUAAUUAUUAUUAUUAAUUAACAUAUAUCUUCUCUGACUGGUCUGUAUCAUUUGUGAUUUUAUUUCAUAGCAGCCCUCACAAGGAAGAAGCAAAUUUAGGGCAAGUCCUAUUAAUAAGUUCCUUUGUAUUUUAGAGUAUGGAAACAAGUUAUGAAUAGAUGGAAAUAGCUUCCUUUUAAGAAUAUGCUUUGUCUUAGAAAACGUAGGCAUAUUUCUUUAUCCUUAUUCACAGAUGCAAUUUAUCCCAACAAUUAUUAACUAUUCAUUUUUCAGGAUCAUAUUAUUUUUGAAAAUACAGUGAACUAUGCUCCUUAGAGGAGUUUAAAAGGAACCAAGGACCAUUUAUAAUGGAUUUGUUACAUUCAAUUAUGAAAAAAAUAAACUGUCAACCCCCAAUUAUUUCAGAGUUGAUUAUCCAGUUUGUGUAUUUUCCAACCUAUUCUUCCCCCUUUCUGUAGGCAUUUCUCUAAUUCCAUCAGAGGAUAAAGAAAGAAACUAAAAUUCAGAUAACUCAAUUUGGUUAAUUGCUAACAGUUCUGAUUUGUGAUGGGGGAUUUGAAAUUAUUGCCAAAAAUGAGGUUUAGAAAGCAUCUGUAAAUUUAAUUUAUUCAUGUUACCCAUGUCCCAUCUGCACAGAUAUUUGAGAAAUUGUUUUAUUCAUCUAGAUCUAUCAUUCAUAUCUUUAGAACAAGUGCUUUCAAAGAAGUCACAGAAAAUUACUUAAAAGGAAAAGAUUACAUGAGAGUGAGUUUAAGAAAAAAAAAAGGGCUCAGCUAUAGCAACAAAUCUACCUUGAUUCACUCUUCUUUCUUUU